GUCUUAGACUUGAAAGUCGACAGCAGUAACCCAGACUACAACAAUACUAUUAAAACAACAAGAAAAUAAAAAAGACGCUCGCCAUGAAGAUGUUGACGUUUCUGGUCCUGGUAGUCACGAAUAUUCUUCUCUGUCAAGUGGCUGGGGAAGACUAUGAGGAGACAGCUUGUCUUGACUGCCAACAGUUGCUGCAAAAACAAAAUAAAAUCAUCAACCAGCUGAGUCAAAAGGUCCGAAAUUUGGAGGCCACGCCAAGAUCAGGAGCCGAGUGGACACUGGCGUUUCGUGGCACAGCUUACAUAGGAAAAUCUGUUUAUGACGCCUAUAAGGACGGUACUGGGAUCCCGAGAGAGGUGGAACCCGGAUGUAAACAGGUGACCGACCCCCUACCAUGUAAGAACCACUACAGAAACUCAGAAGUGUUCGAUAAUUGGGAAAGAGUUCAGGAAGUCGCUUUCAUCCUGUACUCCAACUACCAGAAGGUCAAGGAGAUUUUGUUUGACGGCACAAAAACAAACUACAUGACCUGGUUCGACAAGUCCAAGGUCAAGUUCUCUUCCUGGAAUCAGCUAAAGGACACCCAAACCAACAUUUUUUCGAUUUCAGGCGAUAUCAGGGUCAAUCUAAAGAGGGCAUUCUACAUCAACAACUUGUAUAAUGGAUGCGAAGAUAAAGGCUGGUUCGUCGCGCUUGACAUGGCCUACGGUUCUUGUCCAUACGAGAAAAUAGACAGAUUUCCGGUCUUCUUAUAUGCAAGACAUAAUCAACCGGAAAACUUCAACAGUGGAGCCCUCGACAAGGCGGACACGAUGGCUAUCUUUGUCAAGUACUACAGCACACCGUAACGUGUCAGAUUGAGGCCCGAUACUUGGUCAGUUUAAGUAACGCUUUAAAAUCAAUAAAUAAUGGUGGCAUUUAGAAUGUUUCUAUCUAUUAAUCUCUGUAUGGUUUUGCUUGCUAAGUUAUAUUACUGGCAACAAAAUUGUGUACACAUGAAAAUGCGCAAAAAAAAAGCAAAUUAAAAAAAAUUAUACCCACAGAAAAUGUAUCACAGGACGCUCAACAAUUAGACUUACGGCAAUGUGUUUCUGUGUUCUUAUGCGUGCUUGUUUGAGUUUGUCUGUAUACAUACACAAAUAUCUUUUAUUUCUGUUAUUUUAAUUGAAAAAAAAACAUUUAUAAUAACACGCUUUUAAAUGUACUUUCCUUAAUAAAAGCUUUGGUCGCUAAAAUAUGAAAAAUAUCUAAUUUUUAUAUAUACGAGCAGCCGAGAGAGUGAUUUUUUGCUUUGAGUUACGAGAAAAAUUAUUUGAGAUACGAGUAACUUGAUCCGCGGGUUUUAUAAUUCAUGGCGAAAAACAUCUGAAAUAGUUGCAGUUGAUCGUACAUUGCAGCUAUUUAAAAACUUUGUCUAACUUUUCGAACUAAUCUCCCCAACAUUCUGAAAGGUUGUAGAAACAAAACCACUGUAGCAGAUUUUAAACGGCCUUCUCAAUAAAAGGAGUAAAGCGUGCAAAAUUAGGCAAAGCGUAGUUAAGAGAAAAUCAGUCACGAAAAGUAAGCAAAAGUAAUAAUAAAUUAUUAUCAAGUAGCGAUUAAGUUCAACUAUGUUUUCGUGAAUUUUAAUAAAGUUAAAUUAAGUUUAGGGAUUAGGUGUAAUAUUAAAAGUGUAAAGAAUAAAUCAAAUAAAAUUUACCGUAAGAGUUAGCAUUAACAAUGAAGAGUAUCAGUGAAUUAAGUAAAGCUCUUUCACCCUACACCUGCGCCAUCAUCUCUAGUAAGCUCAGGUCAAUUGAUUUUCAAAGAAUAUUAUCUUUAUAAAACAGUUUAUUUCUUAAUAUUUACCUUUAUUCUGUUUGAAUGCAAAAUUUGUUUUAAUAAGCACAUUUUUUCUUAUUA